UGUUAAAGUGUGUGCAUGUGUGUGUGUUUGCCUGCUCUCCCUCACUGCUCCUACCUCAGCAGCAGCAGCAGCUGGAUGGACUUGGCUGUGCUCUCUAGUACAGACUAGGAUGUUCCGCCUCAAGCUGGAUGUUGCCUUUUCCCUCCUUGCUUCAUGUUUGAAGCAACAGUUCGACCAAAUAUGACUUUUUAAUGAGGAAGGCGACGGCAAUGGGCUCUUAUGGCUGCAAAGAAGCUGAGAAAGCUAGAAUUCUGAUGGAAUAUUUCACAAUUAACCUGGACAGUUGACUUCUUCCUCUUCAUCGUCUCCCCUCUCACGUCCUGAUGAUGUACCCGUCCUCCGAGAGCAACUCAACCGAGUCCAUCCUGUGGAUCAACACCACAGGGGCAAACUUCUCGCAGCAUGGAAGACAUGACCAUGAGGAGCAUCAGCAGCAGCAGUAUGAUGAGGAGGAUGGAGGAGGGCAGCAACAGCAUCCCUUCCUCACGGAUGCUUGGCUGGUGCCCCUCUUCUUCUCUCUCAUCAUGCUGGUAGGCCUGGUGGGCAACUCUCUGGUCAUAUAUGUCAUCUCCAAGCACAGGCAGAUGAGGACGGCCACCAACUUUUACAUAGCAAACCUGGCCGCCACUGACAUCAUAUUCCUGGUUUGCUGCGUCCCCUUCACGGCCACUCUCUAUCCUCUACCUGGGUGGAUCUUUGGUAACUUUAUGUGCAAAUUUGUCGCCUUCCUGCAGCAGGUGACCGUCCAAGCCACCUGUAUCACCCUGACGGCAAUGAGCGGUGACCGAUGUUACAUCACCGUCUACCCCCUGAAAUCUCUCCGCCACCGCACGCCCAAGGUUGCCAUGAUUGUCAGCGUCUGCAUUUGGAUCGGCUCCCUUAUCCUUUCCACCCCAAUCCUGAUGUACCAGCGCAUUGAGGAGGGCUACUGGUAUGGUCCAAGACAGUACUGCAUUGAGAGGUUCCCUUCCAAGACUCAUGAGAGAGCCUUCAUCCUCUACCAGUUCAUCGCCGCCUACCUGCUGCCUGUCCUCACCAUCUCCUUCUGCUACAGCCUGAUGGUGAAGAGGGUGGGACAACCCACCGUGGAGCCGGGAGACAACAACUAUCAGGUCAACCUCCUGUCCGAGAGAACCAUCAGCAUCAGGAGCAAAGUCUCCAAGAUGGUGGUGGUGAUCGUCCUCCUCUUUGCCCUCUGCUGGGGUCCCAUCCAGAUCUUUGUCCUCUUCCAGUCCUUCUACCCCAACUUCCAGGCCACUUAUGCCACGUACAAGAUCAAGACGUGGGCCAACUGCAUGUCCUACGUCAACUCCUCGGUCAACCCCAUCGUGUACGGCUUUAUGGGCGCCAGCUUCCAGAAGUCCUUCCGGAAAACAUUCCCCUUCCUGUACAGGCACAAGGUCAGAGAUAGCAGCAUGGCAUCGAGGACGGCCAACGCUGAGAUCAAGUUUGUGGCGGCGGAGGAAGGCAACAACAACAAUGACAACGAAGUAAACUGAAGGAGCUCGAUAAUGGGACAGGCUGAUUUCCAAAUGAGAGAUAACGCUGUUGAACAUCGCGUAAAGCCUCUUAAUCCAAAACUGAGACAAGCUGUGGAUGCAUAAAGGACGCUGGGUCAUUUGCCAGCGGGUCCCCUGCCAAAGCAGGCUGUGUUGGCACAUAUAAAACUCAAUAAGCGGCAGAGAGUGAUUUGGCUACUUUGUAGUGUUGGACAUACUUGGUUUGUCAAACAAUAUGUAACAUAAGGAGAUCUUGGAAAGACAACAACCAAACCUCCUCUACUGUAGACAUCAGAAGGGUGUUUCCAGAAGACUGCCUCACAAAUAUGUAUUAUGUGUUAAUGUGGUAUGCAUCUGUAUGUCGUAGGCCGAGACCGUGGACACAACUUAAUGGGUUGUUUCUACAUUGUGAAGGUGUACCUAAUGAAGCGGCUCAUUGUUUGUCCCUUCAAUGCAUUUGAACAUGUUUUGUUGUGGUUUUAUUUUCACAUGAUUGUGUAUUACAACAGUUGGUCUCCCAUUCCGGGGCAAAUUAAGCAUUUCAUGGGCGCUUUUACUGAUUACGCCCUCCCCAUACGUCAUUAAAUGUGAGUGUUUUAUUAGCUUUGUUUAAGAAUAUUGUUGUGCUUAACUUAUUUUUACCCUUUUAUGCAUGGUAAAAAUAUGAUGUAAAUAAAAGA